AUGGCCGAACAAGACAUGGUUCACUUCAAAGUAGGAGGAGAACGAUUCCAGAUCAGCAGAGACUAUCUCUUGUACGAUCAGGAAAGCAUACUGUUCAAGAUGGUAGAUGGAACAUGGAACACGCUGAGGGACGAGGAUGGAUGCAUUAUCAUCGACCGAGAUCCGAUUAGAUUCCGCGUCCUCACCAAUUUCCUGCGAACGAGAGAACUUGUUCUCGACUACGGCGUCACUGCAUCCGGCAUUCUCCAAGAGGCUAGCUUCUUCCAGCUGGAAGAACUUUCCCGCGCAGCUGCGGCCAAAGCAGAUGAAAGCGACGAGCUUCGCCUUCUUACCUUGUAUGUGGACGAAAGGAGGGGGAAGCUCCUCUGCCGCAGAGGAGAAGGAGAGGAGAAGAUCCCCUCCAAAGCUGGCCUGACCAUCUCCUUGUUCCGGGAAGCCCUCGUCCUUGUCUCACUGCAUCUCGGCAAGGUUUCAGGCUUCAGCGUCAGCAUCGCCUGCGGGUCUGAUGGCAAGGAGGAGGAGAGACCUGCUGUGUGGAAGACAGAGGACAGCAGGAAGCAAUCCGCCAUGUUUCGGCUGAGUGCAGGAGAGCAUUCCAUCCGGCUCAACUUCACAGCCCGGGGAUCGGGUGCCUUCAACGAAAUUGCGAGCGUGUACGGACCUCUGAGACUUGAAGUGUAUCCGAGCGUCAAGUACGAAUGGAUAGAAGGUUGGCAUGACAGCAUCACCCCCGAGAAAGUCGACAAGUGGAGAGCGAAGGUGCAGGACAACAGCAUGCUAGCUGACUCGCGAGAGAUCGCUGCAGCCAUGAGUGCGAUCCUUCAGUCAUGUCAGGGCGAGUGA